AUGGCUGACAGAAAAGUUACUCCAAUGCACAUCCUAGAGAUCAUAGUGAGUAACUUUUAAAAAUCUUCAUUAUCAUUCACAACAAAAUAACAAAACACCACGUCGAGACAGUCACAAAACCUGACGUCAUUCUUUGUUUUGCAGUUGGUGAUUGCUUGCUCAUUUGCACCUGCAUGUUGUGGAUCAAAUGUUAAAAUUGGUGUCCCAGAAAACUAUGAUGGUAUUUUCCCAUGGUAUCUAGCCAAGGUAAGGCAUUUCAGUUUACUUGAAUAAUCAAACUUUUGCUGCGCUUGCAAUAACUGCUUUCCGAUUGGAUGUGUGAAUUCAAAAAUUGUCCCAAUCUUCUGACCUGUUAUUGUUUUUCUAUGAUACUGAUUGAUUUUGGAUGUGUAGCCUCAGAAAUUGAGGUUAAAUUGUGGUUUCAGAUACUGUCUAGUUGCAAACAAGCACUGUUUAACCUGUAAAAAGGUCCCAAGUCCUGCGAUUGAUUUAGUAUUUUAUCCGAUGAAACAGUACACACCUCAGGCUUGAUCUGCUGAAUUUCCUCUUAGAUGAAAUGUUCCCUGAUACCCUUGUGGUAUUUUUCCAGGGAGAGAAAUCUAUUAAAAAAAGGUCAUCUCUGCUCUAUAGGCAGAUAAUAAAGAACCAGAGCUGCACCGCUCUCUCUUUUUUUCUCUCCCAUCUGCGCUUAAGGCUGAAGAUGUAUGAACAUGCUGCCGUCAUCACCAGACUAUAAUUGGCUUGUUCACAAUGCUCCUCAAACAUCAGACCCAGCCUCUGCACUCAGUCCGACUGGGUGGCGGGCAGGCUGUUUUGUUCAUACAUGUCACUCAGGCGUCCUCUGGAUUGUGCUACAGCAUGAGCAUCUGGCUCUGUAAUUGGUUGCAUUAUGACGUCGUUGUAUCUUUUAUGACACAUAGCCACGUUUUUGGUCUUUGUAUCUAACUGAAUGUCAUUAACACUCUUGAAAUAGCAUGUUAAUGGACAGAAUGGGGGAUUUGGUUAAUAAGUGCACUUUGAGUUAUAAAUGGAAAGGACAUGGUAAUUCCAAGAGCGAGAUUUGUUAAAGAUAAAAUCUUCUGCUCAUCAGAGGGAGCUGCACUUUUCUGUCCUCCUGCUUGAAUCAUUGAACAAGAGAUAUGUCAGACUUUGAAAACGACAAAAGCAUGAAGGUUUGACUCAUUGGUCAACCUAAUCACACGGUUAAUUUGAAAAGCAGACACUUGGAUCCUUUGAAAUCUUACCUUCAUUUACAGAAUCAGUGUAAUUACAUUGUGAAGGAUUGUACUGACACUCUUCGGGUCAAACAGGUGGGACUUUUUUACUCUGUCCAUGUCUCAUCUUUGUGCCUGUCUGAUCCAACAAAAAUCAUAAACCUUCAAAAAAACUAUCACAAAUAUGAAGUUGAUUCUAAACAGAAUAUUUUUUCUGCAUUUAAAGUCACAGAGGGCACAAAGUUGAGAAGAGUUUAAUCUCCAACACUCAGAAGUGAGCAUAUCAUAUCAAAGUUUUGACUCCCUGUCGGGGACAAAGAGACUGAGCUCAUUGUAUGCUCCAGUUGCUGAGGCAGUCCACUGUGAAAUUUCCUGUGCAUACUCUGGAGCUACCACAGAUAACAAUUUCCUCAAAGAGAGAGCAAACUCCUGCCAGUGCGCAAGUAACUAGGCCUGUGUUAUGACUCUUAUUACUAUUAGUAUUUUGAUAUUUCACUGUUGCUAGCAUAACAAGAAGACAAUCUGUGCAGUUUAAUUUUAUAUAUUUGUGUUUGACAAGAAGAAAAGAUAAUCUAAAAAGAUGGAUUUGGGGCGUCAUUUUGUAGAAACAAGGUCUAAAACGUUCCUAAAUAUGACCAGCAGAGCGAUAAAGAGUUCAGAAGAUACUUUUCGUUGUUGUCUUAAAAAAAAGGAUUAUAUUCAUAAACAUUAGAGAUAUCAGCCAGCACAGUGGUGCAGCAUCUUGUGCUGUGUUGAGGUUUAAUUGCUCUUAAUCAACAAUAGAGGUCCAAGGCCCAGAGGUAAACACCACGUAGCCUUAGCAACGGAUACCAGAUUUAGAGUCUGUGAGAAAUAAAUGGAUAAAUAAAAUAGCAACAAUUUGACUCCUAAAGAUUUUCAUAUACAGAUAAGCCGCAGCUCGCCAUUCAUUUCAACUAAACAUGUGACUUAUCCCCAGAAUACAUCAGCAUAAUAUAAAUCUGUGAGUAAAUGCUUCUAAAAAAAUAGCAUUUCAACUUCUUCUCUUUUCAUGGGACAACACUUAACAAGUGACACUUUGCUACAAUGUACAGUCGUCAGUUUUCUGAGAGACUGUAAGUGCUUGAAGAGAAUUUCAGCUGAUUAAAUUCAAGUUGAAAACAGUUUACAGAUGGUAGCAGUGGCUGCUCUGCUCCUCCUCCUCCUACACUUUAUUGUUUGUUUAUAAGGCUGGCUUUUAAGUAGGAACACUAACUGAUGUUUUAUGUAUUUUCUUCUGUUGUUUUUCAGCUCCACGGCCUGCCGGGUAAUUACAGUGACCUGGUGGUAACAGGGGAUGAUGAGGGAAUAUUUGGAGUUGACGCUCAGUUUCUGUACGCUCUCAAACCACUGGACAGAGAAAAACAACCCUCUUAUUCUCUGCAGGUAGAGUACUAAUCGGUGCCCCAUCAUGUAGUGACUGUAAUCUCCUACAAAUGUUUGUUCUAAUGAGAAGUUUCCACAAACACAUUUUGAGAAUAUCCCUGUUUGCAAACAAAUGAGACGUUUUAUAUUGUAGCUUGUUCACUAUAAGAGAUUCAUGUGUUUAAGCGGAACAUAUCAGUGGUUUUAGACGGUCUCCAUUUUCUCAUAAGAAGGUCAUAUGUAUGGGGAUGUAUGUAAGUGCACUCACAGACUGUAUGCAUGUGUCCUGCAGGUGUCCUUCGGAAAAUCAGUGCACCGGCAGAGCUUCACUGUCGAGGUAUGUGUCAUUGACAAGAACGACAACGUGCCUACUUUCAUAGAGAUGAGUAUGAGAGGCAGUGUGCAGCUCGGGCUUCUCAAAGGUAAGAGGACCUUGAGUCUUAAUGCCAAAUUGUUUUCAGUCUCGUUCAAAAUUGUUAUUUUCUCCACAUAGAAUGAAAAAGAUCUCCAAUUUUGCACUAACCAUGAGAACCAGCCUCAUGUAUUAACCCAUAACCUGAUUCUUAAUGGAGCUGAUACAUACCAGAUUCAGUUGCCUCAUGAAAGAAACAAAGACCUUCAUCGACUAAAAUAAGGUCUUUAAGCACAAAGGUUUACAAAUAUCAAAUUUAUCCAUUUUGAAUUAAUGUUUGUUAUUUCCAGAACGGAUGGAUAAAAAAACCAUGACAAGUCCAACAUGAACAUAAAAAUCCUUUACAGCUGGUUUUGUGUCAUUCAGUUUUAAAAAGAAAAAUAAAAUCUGACUUUAUGAUGAGUAACUAAAGCUAAUCAUAUAAAAUUAUCAUAUUUUUCUGUGCUCUGUAUUAAUCUAAGACAAACUGUGUACGUUAGUCAUCAACAGUUGUCUGGUCUUGUUUGAGCUUUUCUUCUUUUCUCUUACAAACCAAACUUUUCCUUCAACGCUUGUCCGUUUUUGAAUUUCGCUUCAGGGAUCAAUAAAGUCCUGUAUUGUUUUAAAUGAUGGGUAGUUGAUAGGGCUGAUAGAGUCAAUCAACAUCAAUGGAAGAUGAGGAAUCAAUCAACCGAAGACGAGGUUCCAAUUUAAAGGAUUUAUUUACAAGCAGUCAAGUGAUGUUUUCUGUAUUAAACAAAAAAAAGGGAAAAAUAUAAAAAUAAUUUAUUAACUGAUUAUCUUUAAACGACAAAGUGAUGCUCAUUAAUAUUAACUUGGUAAUCAGAAUCUGAACGCCUUUAACACAAAGUUGAUUAAAUGAAAAGAUCUAAAUUGUCUUCAAAACAGUCUAUAAAUUAAAUUCAUUAUACAACACUCACUUUGACUCACUUGACAGCCAGAGUGAAACAUGUCAGUAGCAGAGCAAACUGAGCAGCGGGCUCAGGAGUCCUUUAUAGACUCCUGAUCAGGCCACAGUGCCCACACCUGAGGUUGAUUGCUGCAGCCUGAGCAGGUGGGCCUGCUGCUCCUCAGUGGAGUCAGAGCAGACAUGUUGGAUCCUAACACUUAUCUUAUUCUCUUUGAUUUAGGACUCCAAAUUGGUGCAGUCUUUGUUCCACCCCUCUCUGUGUAAACUCAGAAAGCUUUUGCACUUGGGUUUUUUUGAUAUGUCUGCCAUCUAGAAGUGGACAUGCUUGAGUCUGCUCUGUCUUGGUCCCCCAGGAAUCCCCUUCAUGCAGGUGGAAGCUCUGGACCGUGAUGAUCACAACACCGCCCAUGCUGAGCUGCGCUUCACUCUCAUGGAGCAGACUCCCAGGAUCCCCUCUAGUCAAAUGUUCUUCAUCGACUCCAUCAGUGGGGAGGUUUCCCUCACAGAGGAAGGUCAGUGCCCACUGGUCUCUACUGGGAAAGUUAAGAUGAUCCUUUGUUUCUUCCCAAGGGGGAGUUUGUUCAAAAUACGGGGUCAGCUUUAGGACCUUGGAUCCAAGAACAAACAGUCUGCAUUUUCUUUUAUACACAGUUAUAUGAUUUCUAAGUCCUUUGCUACUUGUUUAAACAAAUUCAGUAUUUAUAAAACUAUUAGGUUUGGUAUCAUUUCCCAUCAGUUUUGACAAACAUUGCUACAAUGACAUAUUGGAAUCUUUUGGAUAAAUUGAUACCAGCCAGCACUUCAAAAUGCAGAAAUACUCUACCCAUGAUUGUGGUGUGGUGGUGAAGUUUGAUACAAACCGCUCACAUAGUUUGUUUUCCUCAGAUUUCUGAAGCGUUUAUUAUUCAAAUUUGUGCCAGUGCUUUUCUAAAAGCAAAAGUAAAUUGAAGGAAUGCUUAUCAAAAACAUGUUUAUUGAUAUGUUUAUCCAAAAUGAGGAUUGUAUCAGCAUUUCUUUUCUUAUCAGAUGUCUAAAAAUCUAAAAACACUGAGACACUAUUAUGGGAAACUGUCCCUAGAAUCAAGUGAGGUUUACUUAUUGAAUUUGUUGUUAAAAUAGAGUCAAAAUUGUGGAUUUAUUGUUUGAAAUAAAAAAAGGAACAAAUAGUGUGUGAAGACUUGUCAGAAAAAUAGUUCACAGUUCAGGCAUAUACAGUUCACGCACAUACACCCAAUGUCCUGGAUGCUGGUUCUAUUUCUGUAGCUCUAGUAUCGCUCUUUGUUACGGCUCGGCAGGAACCCGAUGACUUUCACACUCACCGGUCACCCUCCUGCCCACACUGCUGCUGCUGCUGCUGCUGCUGGUUUCCACAAAGCUUCAUUGGAGCAGUGAAAAUCGACAUCUUCUUAGAUUUUUGACUUUAUUUUCAGACCCGUUCAAACAGACUGUUAUGACUUUUCUCAUGGAUGGGGUUUUGUUUUUCUUUUCUUCUGUUUAAGGAAAAAAGAGCAGAUAGGUAGAUAAAUUCUGCAUUUAUGUUGCUAAGGAUGAAUGAACACGAAGUAUUUAGUCGUGGACAAAUAUCUUCUUUUACUUUUUUUAUGUUUUUAUGAUCCAGCUUCUUAUUGUAAGAUGUUUGCAUGUUUUUUUUCUGUCUUUUUAUUUUAUAUAUUCUCCGUUACAUGAUUUUUAUUUAAUCAGACAUUAUGCACAUAGGCAGUAUCAUAUAACUGCAUACAGCCCAAUAUAUACAAUAGAUGUUUAUGCAAUGAAGCUCAACUCUGAGGUAAAAGUAAAGGUAGCAUUUGGAAAUCAGGUUUUUCUUGUUUCAUCUGUUUCUCUGUGAUCUCCAGGAGCCUCUACUCUGGAUCCAGAGAUGUGCGGCCGUUACAAACUCUCAGUGAUGGUGAAAGACAUGGCAGGGAAGGCCAACGCUUUUUUCUCCACUGGCAUUGUUACAGUUGAGGUGACGGGAAACACCUGGGCGUCACCUGACCCUGUGAGACUUCAGGAGAACCUCCCUGGCCCUUACCCCAUCCCCAUCUCACAGGUAAGGCAGCCAGCAACACUCCGACACCAGUCUGCCACUUUGGCAUGCAGAGUAUUUCUACACAUCUGCUUUUAAAACCACUUCUGCUGAUUAGAUUUUCACCAUUUAUCACGCAAACAACUCGGGGUAAGUGCAGACUUUAUGGUUAAUGCAGUUCCAGCUGUCAGCUAUCAUAUCACAAUAAACCAAACUGUCAAUAGCUUGGACGGUUUAAAGUAGCAUCAUGUUGCCAGUUGCUGUUUUUAGGGCCUCUUGGGUUGUUCUAAGUGACCAAAUACUGAAUUAUUGAUACUGUUCAAAUGCCAUGGAUCCUUUCAGGCUGCCUCCCAACUGAGUCACUUAAACGUCUAUAAUCACCCACUCAUCUUCCCACCAACCGCCAAAACCAGCACUGCUACAGGAAGCGUCAUACAAACCACAUGGUAACAUAAAAAAAACACUCUAUAUGAGGCGUCAAUUUUAAGUGUUUUAUAUUGCUGAGGAUUAUUUAUUCUUAUUAGAGCUAAAAGUCAGAAAAACAGCAAGGCUAAGUUAAAACUCAUUCAUUUGUAUUUGUCUAAUAUACUUAUAAACUGUAUAUAGUGUCUUCACAUCACACCUGUUGUGUAACCUUGUCAGCUGCUUUUACAGUUGCGUUUAUUAAUCUAGCAACAAAAAGAUUAAGUCUAUAUUAUAUUUAAAAAAGAUGAACAUUCUCUCAUUCAAAUUGUUCUUUUUGUUCUGUAUCAUGUUUAUUAUUGUCAAAAGGUUGAUUUAGCUUUUUUUUAAUUUGUCCAGCAUUUCUCAACAUUUUCUCACAUAUCAUCAACAUUUUGUUGAGUCUGUGAAAGGAGACAAAGGAGACGACAGACAAAGCGGUUAAAAUCAGUCAGUUGGUUUGGAUGAGGAGAAAUAACCUGGUUGUUGGGAGCAAAGACAAAUUGAGAAGAAAACCAUUCAUCUCCUUUCUCUCUUUUUUUUUCUUUCCCCUCUAUCCUUCCUCUGAUACCUCUCUACAUACUUCUCUCUCUGUUUUUCUCUAUGAUGCAGAGUAUGGGCUAGUAUGUAGGAAGUGUUUCCAAGAUGUCCAAACUAACUCUCAAGCCUUCCCCAGGUGUUGUUGGUGUAACUUAUUAAAAACACAGAUAAAGAGUUGAUAACCCCAGUGAUGUACUCAGUCCUAUCUUUUCUUAAAUUUUGAGAUUGUGGGGGACGCCAGGGUCCAUGUGGUGGGAUAUGAAACUUACUGGUAGAUCUUCAGUGACUGCUUACUACUAUAUCCUGUUUAUUUCAAAGUGAUAAAAUAAUGAUAAAAACGAUUGUGACUUUUGAACUUUGGCCUGAGUUAUGAAGCGGGUAAAACAUUGAUCAUGUCGAUUUUAUUAUUAAAUUUUUGGUGCACGUUUAAAUUCUAAAGCUUGAUAUCCAAUAUCCAAUUCAAAUUUAUGAUGCUAUAUCCCUCUCUGAAAGGUUGAUAAGCACACAGAAUCAGUCAAUGCUAAAUAAUGGAUAAAUCACUAAAAGCACCUGAAUACUGCGUAUAGAGCAGUGGUUCAUCUCCACGUCCUAAAUUACUGAAGUAUCAUAGAGAUGAAAGUUUCCCUCGGGUUUCAAUAACAAACCCAUGUGUGUGUCCUCUCUAUUGUCUAACCUAUAGGUUGGUAUAAUUUUAGCCAUAUCAGCUCCAUGUCUAUAUUUAGCACUGAAGCCCUCAGAGGUUUCACAAUGCUUGGAAAAAAAAACAGCUCACAGUGGCCGUUAUCCUUUAGUGAAGAAGUUUUACAAAUGCACACCUGUGAGAAAUAAACUUUACUCAUUUUCUUCUAACAACUACAGAAAAAAAGGAAAAGACUUGACAACUGGUUCCUUCAACACGUUGCACAGGUUGUUAGAGUCACCGCAGCCGAUAGGUACAUCACAGUACCUCCCCCUCCUCCUGAUGUCUCCCACCUCCCCCUCACUCGCCCUCAGCCUCUCAUCUCUCCUAUUAACCGCCUCAUCCACCCACUGAAAACGUGUGGACUCAAGUGUAGGCACAUGGAUUUUUUCUUUUGUUGUCAUAUUUCAAUGGCCAUUUUCAGUCUUUCUCCCAGCUUUAAUGCUCAACCCUUAAUUCACAGCCCUGCACCUAUAAAGAAAUAAUUCUUAUUUUGAUACCUAAUAGCAUUCGUGCAUAUAUAUGCAAAUCAGGUUAUGUGAAAAUAUUUUGCCGUGCAGAUUCCCUCAGUGUAUCUGCUCCUAUUUUUUAAUAAAAAACGUGUGAAGAGAGUGAAAAAUGACUCCCUCUGGACUUGAGAAGUUUAGCUAUACUGUCUCGUUUGUUCUCACACACACACACACACACACACACACACAAUAUAAAAGAUCAGGGUGGACUUGGACGUCUAUUCGGGGGAAGCCUAAUAUCUCCCACGCUGAGUUGUUGUACUGCUGUGCUCAGUAGGUUGUGGGACUAACCGCUGCUAUGACACAUACAGAGAUAUUCAUGUUCAGGAGCCCACUCUAUAGAUCCCACCUCCCCUACUGCUUCAGAUAAAUGGAGUAGUCAUGUCCACAUCCAUUCAUCUGUAACAAAUGUUGUCUCCUUCUCAUGCUGACGUUGUCCAUUAUGUGAAAACCAGUCAGCUUCCUGGUGCAUUUCUGCCAUCUGUCUUCUCUGUCUUACAAAACUCAGCUGAAAAACUUGAAUUUGAUUUGACCGUUCCUGCCGUAUGAUUCAUAAUAGGCUCUCGUUGUCAUUUUAAAAAUUAAACCCAAGCAUUUUUAUCAGACUGCUUGCAUCAUCAAGGCUGUGGAGGUUCAUGUCAACCUGUAUGUAUAUGUGUCGAUUGUCUGCUUGAAACUUACAUUGUGUAAUGCAAUCAGUAAAACUACCUUCACCCAAUAAUGCAAUUUAUAGAGACGAGUGAGAGAGAUGCCCCUGAGCUUCUGAAUGAAUGAGUCAAGGCUGUAAGCCGCUCUGACUCUGAUUCGUCAUGCUCUUACACUCAAAUAAAAUGUUAUUAUUUGUUACAGGAUUAGUUUUUGCCACACAAGACCUUCGUCAUGGCUUGUAAAUGGUUUUAUAAUGGUACUCGUAUCAGAGUGAUUCUCCCUGUUAGUCAUUAGAGAUGAUCCAGUUUGAGUGUGAUUAAGCUGCUGUGGUCAAAAUUUGAGUGCCAGAACUUGAUCACAGGCUGUGUGUCAUUUGAGGAAGAUACUCAUCUAGAGAUAGAUCCACAGAUAAUAAAAUGAUCCCAUAAUAUUCACAAGAGAAAGAUAGACUUUGAAGUAGGAAUCCCGUCAUGCUGUGGACAUACUAUUUAGUGUGGAAUAUACAGGAAGAGCAUUUAGAAAAAGUUGCAUCUUGGAACACAUGAGGGCACAGAAGAACCAAAAAAGAUUAAAGAUUAAAGCUCCUGUGAGGAGUUUUUGUUUGUUUGUUUUUGAAAUAAACCAAAAUUUAUGUUAUUGCCUUUUUAUACUAUACAAAACCAAACAGUAUCAUCUGAAUUUUGAGGGUCAAAUUUAUCGUUUAUUGAUGAUAUAUCAUUUGGAAACUGUAAAAACAGGGCUGUUUCUUCAGUUGCUUGACUGAUGCCUACACCCUUGCUGUUCCCUGUGAUUUAAGUGUAUUUUCACCAGUGUUUCUGUGCCCCAGUGUUCCUGUUCCUCUGCAGUCUUGUCUUGUGAGUUUUCCGUUUGUGUCUGACCCGGUUUCCCACAUGUUCUCAGUGUUUUAUUCUCUAAUAUCAGUUUUAGGUGUUUCCUGUUUUAUUUUGGAGUAGUUUAUCCCCCGUGUUUCUAGUCUUGCUUUACUACCUCAGAUUUCCCUCCUUAGUAAUUGUCUGCACCUGUGUCUCUGAAUCUCACCUGCCUCUCGUUGCCCGUUUCCCUGUGUGUGCAUAUAUAGUCCUUGUCUUCCCCUGUUUCUUGGUCGGUUCAUUGUUGUAUGUCGUUGCCUCUGCAUGUAUGCCCGUGUCUCCUUGUUAGGGCCCGAGCGUAGCUGCUAAGCAGCUGCGAGAGCCCUCUUGUUCCUGAUGGAUUCUUCUUUUGUUAGGGCCCGAGCGUAGCUGCUAAGCAGCUGCGAGAGCCCUAUUAUUCCUGAUGGAUUCUUCUUUCUUCUUCUUCUUCUUCUUAUUAUUUUUCUGCCCCUUUGAACUGGAAAAUGGCCCACUUCCCACUGGUGAAAACUCAUGAAAUUUGGCAGGACGACCGGGCCUGGUGAAAAAUUCGAUAUUCUGAAGUCACCCAAACAAUCAAAUGCAAAAUGGCUCCAUAGCGCCCCCUAAGGUGAAAAAUUCACAUGAUUGAGUGUCACGCCUGUACGCUUUGUCAAAAUGACACAAAAUUUGACACACACGUGUAUCUCAAUAAGAUCUACAAAAAAGUCAGUGCGGGCGUAUCUGUCAAAUGUACGUUUAAAGGGCUAUUUCGCAUUUUUUGCCGAUCCGCACACAUUGGAAUUUCGCUAACUCCUCCGAAGGCUUUCGUUCCACCGGCACCAAAUUUGCACAGGCCAAUCUAACCCCCAUGGCCAUUCAAAGUUGUACAAAUCAUGACGCUGCACCCCACGGUUUACGUUGUAGGGGGCGCCAAAGAUAACCCAAAAAUCCACAUUCUUACAAGUCUUAUAACUUUUUAUUUCUGUCCUCACUGGCCUCCAAGUUUUCUAGGAUGAUGCAAUGUCCAGCCAUCAACACAUUUGUGAAGGAAUUUUUACUCCCGAAAAGAGCGCCCCCCCCAUGGCAGGAGAAAAAAGGCCAUUUUUUCUUGUCCCAUAAGGUGAAAAUACACAUUGUUGAGUGUCACGCCUGUACGCUUUGUCAUAUUGAAACAAAAUUUGAUAAUCACGUGUAUCUCAAUAAGAUCUACGAAAAAGUCAAUGCGCACGUGUCUGCAAAAUGUACGGUUAAAGGGCUAUUUCGCAUUUUUGGUUGAUUUGCACACAUUGGAAUGUGGCUAACUCCUCCUGAAGCUUUCGUUCCACCGGCACCAAAUUUGCUCAGGCCAAUCUACACCCCAUGGCCAUUAAAAGUUGUACAAAUCAUGAUGCUGCACCCCACGGUUUACGUUCUAGGGGUCGCCAAAGAUAACCCAAAAAUCCACAUUCUUACAAGUCUUAUAACUUUUUAUUUCUGUCCUCACUGGCCUCCAAGUUUUCUAGGAUGAUGCAAUGUCCAGCCAUCAACACAUUUGUGAAGGAAUUUUUACUCCCGAAAAGAGCGCCCCCCCAUGGCAGGAGAAAAAAGGCCAUUUUUUCUUGUCCCAUAAGGUGAAAAUACACAUUGUUGAGUGUCACGCCUGUACGCUUUGUCAUAUUGAAACAAAAUUUGAUAAUCACGUGAAUCUCAAUAAGAUCUACGAAAAAGUCAAUGCGCACGUGUCUGCAAAAUGUACGGUUAAAGGGCUAUUUCGCAUUUUUGGUUGAUUCGCACACAUUGGAAUGUGGCUAACUCCUCCUAAAGCUUUCGUUCCACCGGCACCAAAUUUGCCCAGGCCAAUCUACACCCCAUGGCCAUUAAAAGUUGUACAAAUCAUGAUGCUGCACCCCACGGUUUACGUUCUAGGGGUCGCCAAAGAUAACCCAAAAAUCCACAUUCUUAAAAGUCUUAUAACUUUUCAUUUUUGUCCUCACUGGCUUCAAAGUUUUCUAGGAUGAUGCAAUGUCUAGCCAUCAACACAUUUGUGAAGGAAUUUUUUCUCCCUAAAAGAGUGCCCCCCCAUGGCAGGAGAAAAAGUCAAGUUUUUCCUGCCCAUCGCUCAAUGGCUCAAACACAUCGCUCUCUCGGAAAAAAACGAAAGGAGGAGCAACUUGCCAUUUGGAUAUAUCCUAGCUGUGUUUGUGCCCUCACUCAUGGUCCAGACUUUUUUCAAAUAGGACAUGUAGUUUGUCUGCAGCGAGUGUUUUGGUAGAAACUGCGCCUCCCAUUCAUUAUAAUGGUAAAUGACCACAGACAAGUGCGCACACCAUCGUUGAACCUUGAGUGUGACGCGAUCGGGAGGGAGAGGCGGUCGUGUUGGGGGCGGCGUGACACAGCUCGGGCCCGCCAGUGCCCCAACGGGGCCCUAGUUAGGGCCCGAGCGUAGCUGCUAAGCAGCUGCGAGAGCCCUAUUAUUCCUGAUGGAUUCUUCUUUCUUCUUCUUCUUCUUCUUAUUAUUUUUCUGCCCCUUUGAACUGGAAAAUGGCCCACUUCCCACUGGUGAAAAGUCAUGAAAUUUGGCAGGACGACCGGGCCUGGUGAAAAAUUCGAUAUUCUGAAGUCGCCCAAAAAAUCAAAUGCAAAAUGGCUCCAUAGCGCCCCCUAAGGUGAAAAAUUCACAUGAUUGAGUGUCACGCCUGUACGCUUUGUCAAAAUGACACAAAAUUUGACACACACGUGUAUCUCAAUAAGAUCUACAAAAAAGUCAGUGCGGGCGUAUCUGUCAAAUGUACGGUUAAAGGGCUAUUUCGCAUUUUUUGCCGAUCCGCACACAUUGGAAUUUCGCUAACUCCUCCGAAGGCUUUCGUUCCAACGGCACCACAUUUGCUCAGGCCAAUCUACACCCCAUGGCCAUUAAAAGUUGUACAAAUCAUGACGCUGCAUCCCACGGUUUACGUUCUAGGGGGCGCCAAAGAUAACCCAGAAAUCCACAUUCUUAAAAGUCGUAUAACUUUUUAUUUUUGUCCUCACUGGCCUCCAAGUUUUCUAGGAUGAUGCAAUGUCCAGCCAUCAACACAUUUGUGAAGGAAUUUUUACUCCCCAAAAGAGCGCCCCCCCAUGGCAGGAGAAAAAAGUCCAUUUUUUCUUGUCUCCUAAGGCGAAAAUUCACACUAUUGACUGUCACGCCUUUACGCUUUGUCAUAUUGACACAAAAAUUGACACACACAUGUAUCUCAAUAAGAUCUACAAAAAAGUCAGUGCGGGCGUAUCUGUCAAAUGUACGGUGAAAGGGCUAUUUCGCAUUUUUUGCCGAUCCGCACACAUUGGAAUUUCGCUAACUCCUCCGAAGGCUUUCGUUCCAAAGGCACCACAUUUGCUCAGGCCAAUCUACACCCCAUGGCCAUUAAAAGUUGUACAAAUCAUGACGCUGCACCCCACGGUUUACGUUCUAGGGGGCGCCAAAGAUAACCCAAAAAUCCACAGUCUUAAAAGUCUUAUAACUUUUUAUUUUUGUCCUCACUGGCCUCCAAGUUCUCUAGGAUGAUGCAAUGUCCAGCCAUCAACACAUUUGUGAAGGAAUUUUUACUCGCCAAAAGAGCGCCCCCCCAUGGCAGGAGAAAAAAGUCCAUUUUUUCUUGUCUCCUAAGGCGAAAAUACACAUUGUUGACUGUCACGCCUUUACGCUUUGUCAAAAUGACACAAAAUUUGACACACACAUGUAUCUCAAUAAGAUCUACAAAAAAGUCAGUGCGGGCGUAUCUGUCAAAUGUACGGUUAAAGGGUUAUUUCGCAUUUUUUGCCGAUCCGCACACAUUGGAAUUUCGCUAACUCCUCCUAAAUCUUUUGUCCCAUCGGCUUCAAAUUUGCUCAGGUCAAUCUACACCCCAUGGCCAUUCAAAAUUGUACAAAUCAUGACGCUGCACCCCACAGUUUACGUUCUAGGGGGCGCCAAAGAGGACCCAAAUAUCCACAUUUUUAAAAGUCUUAUAACUUUUUAUUUUUGUCCUCACUGGCCUCCAAGUUUUCUAGGAUGAUGCAAUGUCCAGCCAUCAACACAUUUGUGAAGGAAUUUUUCUCCCCAAAAGAGGGCCCCCCCAUGGCAGGAGAAAAAGUCAAGUUUUUCCUGCCCAUCGCUCAAUGGCUCAAACGCAUCGCUCUCUCUGCAAAACCGAAAGGAGGAGCAACUUGCCAUUUGGAUAUAUACUAGCUGUGUUUGUGCCCUCACUCAUGGUCCAGACUUUUUUCAAAUAGGACAUGUAGUUUGUCUGCAGCGAGCGUUUUGGUAGAAACUGCGCCUCCCAUUCAUUAUAAUGGGAAAUGACCACAGACAAGUGCGCACACCAUCUUUGGACCUUGAGUGUGACGCGAUCGGGAGGGGGAGGCGGUCGCGCUGGGGGCGGCGCGACGCGGCUCGGGCCCGACAGUGCCCCACCGGGGCCCUAGUUAUUAUUAUUAUUUUUUAUUCCUCUGCUUUAAACUGGAAAAUGGCCCACUUCCCACUGGCGAAAACUCAUGAAAUUUGGCAGGACGACCGGGCCUGGUGAAAAAUUCGAUAUUCUGAAGUCGCCCAAACAAUAAAAUGCAAAAUGGCUCCAUAGCGCCCCCUAAGGUGGAAAUUCACACUAUUGACUGUCACGUCUGUACGUUUUGUCAUAUUGACACAAAAAUUGACACACAUAUGUAUCUCAAUAAGAUCUACAAAAAAGUCAGUGCGGGCGUAUCUGUCAAAUGUACGGUUAAAGGGUUAUUUCGCAUUUUUUGCCGAUCCACACACAUUGGAAUUUCGCUAACUCCUCCGAAGGCUUUCGUUCCACCGGCACCACAUUUGCUCAGGCCAAUCUACACCCCAUGGCCAUUAAAAGUUGUACAAAUCAUGACGCUGCACCCCACGGUUUACGUUCUAGGGGGCGCCAAAGAUAACCCAAAAAUCCACAGUCUUAAAAGUCUUAUAACUUUUUAUUUUUGUCCUCACUGGCCUCCAAGUUCUCUAGGAUGAUGCAAUGUCCAGCCAUCAACACAUUUGUGAAGGAAUUUUUACUCGCCAAAAGAGCGCCCCCCCAUGGCAGGAGAAAAAAGUCCAUUUUUUCUUGUCUCCUAAGGCGAAAAUUCACACUAUUGACUGUCACGCCUUUACGCUUUGUCAUAUUGACACAAAAAUUGACACACACAUGUAUCUCAAUAAGAUCUACAAAAAAGUCAGUGCGGGCGUAUCUGUCAAAUGUACGGUUAAAGGGCUAUUUCGCAUUUUUUGCCGAUCCGCACACAUUGGAAUUUUGCUAACUCCUCCGAAGGCUUUCGUUCCAAAGGCACCACAUUUGCUCAGGCCAAUCUACACCCCAUGGCCAUUAAAAGUUGUACAAAUCAUGACGCUGCACUCCACGGUUUAGGUUCUAGGGGGCGCCAAAGAUAACCCAAAAAUCCACAUUCUUAAUAGUCUUAUAACUUUUUAUUUUUGUCCUCACUGGCCUCCAAGUUUUCUAGGAUGAUGCAAUGUCCAGCCAUCAACACAUUUGUAAAGGAAUUUUUACUCCCGAAAAGAGCGCCCCCCCAUGGCAGGAGAAAAAAGUCCAUUUUUUCUUGUCCCCUAAGGUGAAAAAACACAUUGUUGACUGUCACGCCUAUACGCUUUGUCAAAAUGACACAAAAUUUGACACACACGUGUAUCUCAAUAAGAUCUACGAAAAAGUCAAUGGGCACGUAUCUGUAAAAUGUACGGUUAAAGGGCUAUUUCGCAUUUUUUGCCGAUUCGCACACAUUGGAAUGUGGCUAACUCCUCCUAAGGCUUUCUUCCCACCGACACCAAAUUUGCUCAAGCCGAUCUACAUCCCAUGGCCAUUCAAAGUUGUAAAAAUCAUGCCGCUGCACCCCAUGGUUUACGUUCUAGGGGGCGCCAAAGAUGACCGAAAUAUCCACAUUCUUAAAAGAAUCCACAUCCCCCCCCCCCCCAAGGCAGGAGAAAAAGUCCAGUUAACCCUGCCCAUCGCUCAAUGGCUCAAUCGCAUCACUCUCCUGGCAACACAGUAAGGAGGAGCAACUUGCCAUUUGGAUAUAUCCUAGCUGUGUUUGUGCCCUCACUCAUGGUCCAGACUUUUUUCAAAUAGGACAUGUAGUUUGUCUGCAGCGACCGUUUUGGUAGAAACUGCGCCUCCCAUUCAUUAUAAUGGGAAAUGACCACAGACAAGUGCGCACACCAUCUUUGGACCUUGAGUGUGAUGCGAUCAGGAGGGGGAGGCGGUCGCGCUGGGGGCGGCGCGACGUGGCUCGGGCCCGACAGUGCCCCACCGGGGCCCUAGUUAGGGCCCGAGCGUAGCUGCUAAGCAGCUGCGAGAGCCCUCUUGUUCCUGUAGUUUCCUUCUUUUGUUAUUAUUAUUAUUAGGGCCCGAGCGUAGCUGCUAAGCAGCUGCGAGAGCCCUCUUGUUAGGGCCCGAGCGUAGCUGCUAAGCAGCUGCGAGAGCCCUCUUGUUCCUGCAUGUUUCCUUCUUUUGUUAUUAUUAUUAUUUUUCCUCCCCUUUGAACUGGAAAAUGGCCCACUUCCCACUGGCAAAAACUCAUGAAAUUUGGCAGGACGACCGGGCCUGGUGAAAAAUUUGAUAUUCCGAAGUCGCCCAAACAAGAAAAUGCUAAAUGGCUCCAUAGCGCCCCCUAAGGUGAAAAUUCACACUAUUGACUGUCACGCGUGUACGCUUUGUCAAAAUGACACAAAAAUUGACACACACAUGUAUCUCAAUAAGAUCUACAAAAAAGUCAGUGCGGGCGUAUCUGUCAAAUGUACGGUUAAAGGGUUAUUUCGCAUUAUUUGCCGAUCUGCACACAUUGGAAUUUCGCUAACUCCUCCGAAGGCUUUCGUUCCACCGGCACCACAUUUGCUCAGGCCAAUCUACACCCCAUGGCCAUUAAAAGUUAUUCAAAUCAUGAUGCUGCACCCCACGGUUUAGGUUCUAGGGGGCGCCAAAGAUAACCCUAAGAUCCACAUAUUUAAAAGUCUUAUAACUUUUUAUUUUUGCCCUCACUGGCCUCCAAGUUUUCUAGGAUGAUGCAAUGUCCAGCCAUCAACACAUUUGUGAAGGAAUUUUUACUCCCCAAAAGAGCGCCCCCCCAUGGCAGGAGAAAAAAGUCCAUUUUUUCUUGUCCCCUAAGGUGAAAAUUCACACUAUUGACUGUCACGCCUGUACGCUUUGUCAAAAUGACACAAAAAUUGACACACACAUGUAUCUCAAUAAGAUCUACAAAAAAGUCAGUGCGGGCGUAUCUGUCAAAUGUACGGUUAAAGGGUUAUUUUGCAUUUUUUGCCGAUCCGCACACAUUGGAAUUUCGCUAACUCCUCCGAAGGCUUUCGUUCCACCGGCACCACAUUUGCUCAGGCCAAUCUACACCCCAUGGCCAUUAAAAGUUAUUCAAAUCAUGACGCUGCACCCCACGGUUUAGGUUCUAGGGGGCGCCAAAGAUAACCCUAAAAUCCACAUUUUUAAAAGUCUUAUAACUUUUUAUUUUUGCCCUCACUGGCCUCCAAGUUUUCUAGGAUGAUGCAAUGUCCAGCCAUCAACACAUUUGUGAAGGAAUUUUUACUCCCCAAAAGAGCGCCCCCCCAUGGCAGGAGAAAAAAGUCCAUUUUUUCUUGUCCCCUAAGGUGAAAAUACACAUUGUUGAGUGUCACGCCUGUACGCUUUGUCAAAAUGACACAAAAAUUGACACACAUAUGUAUCUCAAUAAGAUCUACAAAAAAGUCAAUGCGCGCGUAUCUGUCAAAUGUACAGUUAAAGGGCUAUUUUGCAUUUUUUGCGCAAUUCGCACACAUUGGAAUGUGGCUAACUCCUCCUAAGGCUUUCGUCCCACUGACACCAAAUUUGCUCAGGCCAAUCUACACCCCAUGGCCAUUCAAAGUUGUAAAAAUCAUGACGCUGCACCCCACGGUUUACGUUCUAGGGGGCGCCAAAGAUGACCCAAAAAUCCACAUUCUUAAAGGAAUCCACAUCCCCCCCCCCCCAAGGCAGGAGAAAAAGUCAAGUUAACCCUGCCCAUCGCUCAAUGGCUCAAUCGCAUCGCUCUCCAGGCAACACUGUAAGGAGGAGCAACCUGCCAUUUCGAUAUAUCAUAGCUGUGUUUAUGCCCUCACUCAUGGUCCAGACUUUUUUCAAAUAGGACAUGAAGUUUGUCUGCAGCGAGUGUUUUGGUAGAAACUGCGCCUCCCAUUCAUUAUAAUGGGAAAUGACCACAGACAAGUGCGCACACCAUCUUUGGACCUUGAGUGUGACGCGAUCGGGAGGGGGAGGCGGUCGCGCUGGGGGCGGCGCGACGCGGCUCGGGCCCGACAGUGCCCCACCGGGGCCCUAGUUCCUGCAUGUUUCCUUCUUUUGUUAUUAUUAUUAUUAUUUUUCCUCCCCUUUGAACUGGAAAAUGGCCCACUUCCCACUGGCGAAAACUCAUGAAAUUUGGCAGGACGACCGGGCCUGGUAAAAAAUUUGAUAUUCCGAAGUCGCCCAAACAAUAAAAUGCAAAAUGGCUCCAUAGCGCCCCCUAAGGUGAAAAUUCACACUAUUGACUGUCACGCCUGUACGCUUUGUCAAAAUGACACAAAAAUUGACACACACAUGUAUCUCAAUAAGAUCUACAAAAAAGUCAGUGCGGGCGUAUCUGUCAAAUGUACGGUUAAAGGGUUAUUUCGCAUUUUUUGCCGAUCCGCACACAUUGCAAUUUCACUAACUCCUCCGAAGGCUUUCGUUCCACCGGCACCACAUUUGCUCAGGCCAAUCUACACCCCAUGGCCAUUAAAAGUUAUUCAAAUCAUGACGCUGCACCCCACGGUUUAGGUUCUAGGGGGCGCCAAAGAUAACCGUAAAAUCCACAUAUUUAAAAGUCUUAUAACUUUUUAUUUUUGUCCCCACUGGCCUCCAAGUUUUCUAGGAUGAUGCAAUGUCCAGCCAUCAACACAUUUGUGAAGGAAUUUUUACUCGCCAAAAGAGCGCCCCCCCAUGGCAGGAGAAAAAAGUCCAUUUUUUCUUGUCCACUAAGGUGAAAAUACACAUUGUUGAGUGCUACGCCUGUAUGUUUUGUCGUAUUGACACAAAAUUUUACAUACACGUGUAUUUCAAUAAGAUCUUCGAAAAAGUCAAUGGCCACGUAUCUGUAAAAUGUACGGUUAAAGGGUUAUUUCGCAUUUUUUGCAGAUUCGCACACAUUGGAAUUUCGCUAAAUCCUCCGAAGGCUUUCGUUCCACCGGCACCACAUUUGCUCAGGCCAAUCUACACCCCAUGGCCAUUAAAAGUUAUUCAAAUCAUGACGCUGCACCCCACGGUUUAGGUUCUAGGGGGCGCCAAAGAUAACCCUAAAAUCCACAUAUUUCAAAGUCUUAUAACUUUUUAUUUUUGUCCUCACUGGCCUCCAUGUUUUCUAGGAUGAUGCAAUGUCCAGCCAUUAACACAUUUGUGAAGGAGUUUUUUCUCGUUAAAAGAGCACCCCCCCAUGGCAGGAGAAUAAAGUCAAGUUUUUCCUGUUCAUCAUUCAAUGGCUCAAACGCACUGCUCUCUCGGCAAAAGCGAAAGGAGGAGCAACUUGCCAUUUGGAUAUAUCUUAGCUGUGUUUGUGCCCUCACUCAUGGUCCAGACUUUUUUCAAAUAGGACAUGGAGUUUUUCUGCAGCGAGCGUUUUGGUAGAAACUGCGCCUCCCGUUCAUUAUAAUGGUAAAUGACCACAAACAAGUGCGCACACCAUCUUUGGACCUUGAGUGUGACGCGAUCGGGUGGGGGAGGCGGUCGCGCUGGGGGCGGCGUGACACGGCUCGGGCCCGCCAGUGCCCCAACGGGGCCCUAGUUAUUAUUAUUAUUAUUUUUCCUCCGCUUUAAACUGGAAAAUGGCCCACUUCCCACUGGCGAAAACUCAUGAAAUUUGGCAGGACGACCGGGCCUGGUGAAAAAUUCGAUAUUCUGAAGUCGCCCAAACAAUAAAAUGCAAAAUGGCUCCAUAGCGCCCCCUAAGGUGGAAAUUCACACUAUUGACUGUCACGUCUGUACGUUUUGUCAUAUUGACACAAAAAUUGACACACAUAUGUAUCUCAAUAAGAUCUACAAAAAAGUCAGUGCGGGCGUAUCUGUCAAAUGUACGGUUAAAGGGUUAUUUCGCAUUUUUUGCCGAUCCGCACACAUUGGAAUUUCGCUAACUCCUCCGAAGGCUUUCGUUCCACCGGCACCACAUUUGCUCAGGCCAGUCUACACCCCAUGGCGAUUCAAAGUUGUACAAAUCAUGACGCUGCACCCCACGGUUUAGGUUCUAGGGGGCGCCAAAGAUAACCCAAAAAUCAACAUUCUUAAAAGUCUUAUAACUUUUUAUUUUUGUCCUCACUGCCCUCCAAGUUUUCUAGGAUGAUGCAAUGUCCAGCCAUCAACACAUUUGUGAAGGAAUUUUUACUCCCCAAAAGAGCGUCCCCCCAUGGCAGGAGAAAAAAGUCCAUUUUUUCUUGUCCCCUUACAUGAAAAUACACAUUGUUGAGUGUCACGCCUGAACGCUUUGUCAUAUUGACACAAAAAUUGACAAUCAUGUGUAUCUCAAUUAGAUCUACGAAAAAGUCAAAGAGCGCGUAUCUGUAUAAUGUACGGUUAAAGGGCUAUUUCGCAUUUUUUGCCGAUUCGCACACAUUGGAAUGUGGCUAUCUCCUCCUAAGGCUUUCGUCCCACUGAUACCAAAUUUGCUCAGGGCAAUCAACACCCCAUGGCCAUACAAAGUUGUAAAAAUCAUGACGCUGCACCCCACGGUUUACGUUCUAGGGGGCGCCAAAGAUGACCCAAAAAUCCACAUUCUUAAAAGUCAUUUUGGCCACUGCAGGAGUACAGAGUACUGCAGUUCUAGGGGGCGCCAAAGAUGACCCAAAAAUCCACAUUCUUAAAAGUCAUUUUGGCCACUGCAGGAGUACAGAGUACUGCAGUUCUAGGGGGCGCCAAAGAUGACCCAAAAAUCCACAUUCUUAAAAGUCUUUUUGGCCACUGCAGGAGUACAGAGUACUGCAGGAUACACACACAUAUACACACACGCCAACAUACACACACACACACACACACACACACAGACACACACACACACUCAGAGUCUUUUUUUUAGCACCUGCAAAAACAUGCUGUUUACAUAUUUGACAAGAAUGCAGAGGCUUCCUUUUGCCCCUGAAAAAAAUCAAAUUUCAAACACAACUUGACUGUUCAUUUCUCCAAAAGACAACCAUGAAGCUCCAUUUCAAACCUGAAGCAGAUAGUUGGUGCAUGUGUACAGUAACCUGAGGGGAGUGAGGUGACUAUUUCUGAGGAGAACAUGAGCAGUGAAGAUUCACCUUGGAGCUAGAACAGGGACGUGCACAUGAUUAUACAGGGGCAGGGGCUCAAGUUUUUUCCAGUCAUUUAUACAAUAUGGAAAUUAAUGUGAAAUUAAACCACAAAUAUGUGUGAUGAACUGUUUUUAAAACUUAAACUUCAAAUAAAAAUUGUAAACUUCAAAACAUAUGCAAAUUUUUAACAAAGAACAUAGUAAUUUACCUCUAUUUACAUCAAAAUGCAGGCAAUGGCCCAGGCGUUCUUUGUAAAAUUAUUUACAAAACACUGUAUAGUCUCACAAAUGUCACUUUUUAUUUAUGCCACUACAAAAAAACAUGAUGUAAAUGAUGCAUGAUGUAAAACAUGAUGUAAAAAACUUGUGUAGAUCCUCCUCUAUGUCAGUCCAUGUGUAAUUUUUCCAUAAUUCUUUGUUUUUUGCAGCAUUUUUGUUAGUGUAACUGCAGAUUGUGCUGACAGUGUCUAUGGCAAAAAAAAAAAAAAAAAUUAAAAUGCCUCAACAUGAACCCCUGGUGGUCUCUGAGGGUGAAACCUGCUAACUGCUGCAGCUCUGUCAGCUUCAGUCUCCCAUGCAGAGCUCUGAGCGCAUGUGUGGCUCUGCACCCUUAGCAGCGUUGCUAACUCCUCAGUAAGGAAAGCCUGCUUCAUGUCAGAGUCUCUAAACUCCAGAAGAAGUCGAUAAAAGUCCCUUUCUUUCUAAAAAAAAAGUCGUUAGGGGGUCUGAAAAGUCAUUGAAUCUAACAACAAAGUCGCUAGGUUUGCAACUACGUGUCCCAGACUGCAUCCCUGCUGAGAGUCCCUCCCUCCCUUCUCAUGUUGCAGGAAGAACGUAAGCGCCCGCCCCUUGUCAAUCAGUCACCAUAUAAUUUUGGAUUGGUUGUUGUGGUGAAGUUUUCCACCAAUAGGAGAGAUGUUGUGGUGUGUUUUUUUUUUCUUUUGGCAAGCCUUUUCCGCCUGUAAGACCUGUCGCUAAUGUCUGCAUGCUAUGUUUUCCUGUCUCAUACAGCGCGAUCGAGCGCCGAACGUGAUCAAAAUAAGCAGAAAAAAAGUAUCGCGGACUUAAUUUAUCAUAACUCUGGUUUUAUUUGGCCUAUCAACACAAUUUAAAAACUGGUAUAUAGGUUGAGGUCCUCACUUUUGAGAUAAGUUGAAACGGAGAGUCAACGAGGCUCCGUCUUGCAGCUACAUCCGGUUAAAUAUGUCAUGUGACUUGAACGCACACACAGACACACACACACGCACACACACACACACACACACACACACACACUCAGAGUCUGGUUUUUAGCACCUGCAAAAACAUGCUAUUUACAUAUUUGACAAGAAUGCAGAGGCUCCUUUUGCCCCUGAAAAAAAUCAAAUUUCAAACACAACUUGACUGGUCAUUUCUCCAAAAGACAACCAUGAAGCUCCAUCCAAACCUGAAGCAGGCAGUUGGUGCAUGUGUACAGUAACCUGAGGGGAGUGAGGUGAGUGCUUCUGAGGAGAACAUGAGCAGUGAAGAUUCACCUUGGAGCUAGAACAGAGACAUGCACAUGAUUAUACAGGGGCAGGGGCUCAAGUUUUUUCCAGUCGUUUAUACAAUAUGGAAAUUAAUGUGAAAUUAAAACACAAAGUAUUGAUAGAAAGGUAAUGACUGUCCUGUGUAGGUGACAGUGAUAUCCAAUAGGCUAGGCACUCACGAGGCUGGCUGUGGCAAGUGUAAGUGAAAGCAACACGCACUGGCAGGAAGAACAGCAAACGCCGAUGAAGGAAAAGGGUCUUUGCAGUGAUGGGCGUUACCAGAGAGGGCGAUGGCCAGAGGACACAAAUGGGACGGGGAGGCAGCACGUUGGGGGGGGGGGGGGGGCGACACGGCUCGGGCCCGCCAGUGCCCCAACGGGGUCCUAGUGAUUUUUGUUUCUUUUGGAUUUUGCCUCUUGUGUUUUUUGCCUUUGGGAGUUUUUUCUGUUGGACAUUAUAAGUAAGUUUUUAUUUUUUAUUUAUUUAUUUAUCUUUUUAAUAAAUCCUCAUUUUGAUUCUGCACUUGGGUCCUUUCCCAUUUUGUUUGACUCACAAACAGUCAAAACAGUUUCAGAUAUUAAAGGUUGCGAUAUAAAAAUGGUCAAUUUUGUCGCUUUACUUUUCGAUACCAUGUGAUGGUGUCAGUGUGAAUUACAGUCUAUCUCAAAAAACUUUAUACAGGAGUUUUAACACCUGUCAAACUUUCAAACACUUAAAAAGAAGUUAUGGUUUAAAGUUUGGCAACAUGUUUUAACGCCAGUGAUUUGAGGUUGGAAAAGGAGUCUACAAAGCACUGUAUGCCACCUUCCUAACACUAAAGAUGGAUUUAGCUUUGAGCUGAGUAAGAACAGAGAAAGAUUUUGUAAAUGUAGAGCCAGAUAGCUCUUAAGUUUAUGGAGACCAUGGAGGAUAUAUUUCUCAAGAACUGGAGAGCAAUGCAACCAAAGAUGCUAAUGUUGUUUUGUUUUGUUUCCAGGACUGGAAAACAAGUGACUAUUUGUAGAUUAAAAAAAUAAUAAUAAUUUUAACUUUGUUUGUUGGUGUUGGUCUUCGUAUUGUUUACACUGCCCCAAGUGGUCAAGUCAAUUUGCUACUGCAGGUUCAAUGUUUAAAAUAUGAAAUGAGACAGCUCCCCCUUUGUGUCUCUCAUUUCGGUUGUCUUCAUUCUCUUUUUCCAAGACUUUACUGGUAGUAAUAUUACCCCCAUAAAAAUUUUUACUUUGCGUUAUCAGAUUUGAUAAGGGUAAUUUGCAGAGUUUCAUCUAACCAUCAGCUAUUCAGCAUUUUUACCUGAAAGUGGAAUGAAAAACUAAAUCUAGUGACAGACCUAUCUUUAAAUAUCAGCUCUGAUAUGCAAUUUUCUUGCACUUUAGUGACUGUUUAGUCUCAGGGACACGAGGCGCUCUUUACGUCGGUCAUCACAAGCGAUCUGUGGAGACAGAACGUGCUCUGCUAACUCGAGGACUGACAGAGGCAAAACACAUGACCUCAUAGAUGUUUUUAGUGGACCGUCGUCGCUGCCAGUGAACAUUAAUCAGUUUCUCAAAUAUAUCUCUUAAAAGUUCUAAUGUCUGGGGGCUCACUAUAACAGUGAGAGGCAGCCAGCUGUGUGAAACCGCCUUGUGUAUACAAAAGCAUAGUGUUUAGGCAGCCAUCUCCAAAACAAGGGAGGAGUGUGUGACAGUGAGUUGAGGAGAUACACAUGCCCUGGGUGAACAUUAGCUGUUCUGCGGCAGGGCCCCUCUCCUUGUUGGGUGCUGUCUGAUGACUACUACAGGCCUUUCAGCCCUGCUGCACAACCCUCUGUCAAGGGCUGUAAAGCAGAGUGGAAAAUCCCCUACAGCCUGCAGUUACUUUUGGCUGUGCGCUCUGUCCCACAUCAAUGUCAGUGUAUUCGCUUGGCUCCUUAUCCUGUAAAUAAAUGGAAACUUCGCUUUGUACUUAAUCACCGCGCAGGCCCAGCUGAACGUCAUCAAAGUUUAUGUUGCAUGAUAAGUUUAUGUGAAAGAAUAUAGAAGCAUCAAAAUGUAUAUAUACCCUAUUUAUACCACUGAAAACCUUUUGCUGUUUGUGUGUUGUUGUUGUUGUAGGUCAAAUGGAGUGGAAGUCAGGCAGAGUACAGUCUGGAGGGGGAGUUUCCAGAGAUGCUCUUCACAAUCAGCAGAGAGGGGGUCAUUUAUCUCAACGCGCCUUUGGACAGAGAGACACAAGACCAGGUCUGUAUAAAUGCAGGCUAGAACGGCUCCAGCAGCUUAAAGUGCAUAUCGGUUUAUGGUGACUCUAAUAAGCAUCUGGACAAUAUAGGGUGCUGAGAUGUUCCCCAAUGAAAGCCUGUUUUUCUUGGCCUGGACACUUUAUGUAUUGUUUUUAAGUUUAAAAAUAGUAUUUUUUUUCUUCCUUUUUUGCAUUAAGAGAAAAAAGACGGAAAUGUCACACUCUACUUUUCUAAUCAUAUCUUAUCAUUAAGAGCCAGAAGCUAUUUUCAUGUUGUUCAUCAAAAGAAAUGCUGUACUUCAUCUUUUUUUGAACAUGGACUUGAACAAGUUGCUUUCAUUAAAGCGAUCUUGUACAAAUUAUUGCACCCAAGCUGAACAUCAAGUACUAUUGACUUUAAAACAGCUGCAAUUAGGGAAACAACUCAAAACAUGAAAAGCACACUGACAGCAUCGCCCGUGGGAAAAUGCAGUAAUGAAAGGAUGUGGAGGACCGUGAACCGGAAAAAAUAUUUUUACUUUUACGAGGAGCUUUUUCUACAAUCCUAACACAAAAUUUCAAGUGGUUGACACACAACACAAAAAGACUGAGCUACAUCAGUUUAAUGGGAUUACACAUACCUUUUGAAUUUUGCUGUUUAUCUUUCCUGUAGUCACUUGCAGUCACUGUAGGUAACAGGAUACAAAACAGGACUUUAUUUCCUUCUUACUGGUCACUUGAGGACAUUGAAAUGUACUUGUGUUUUUAAUAAGUACACAUUAAUACACAUACUUAACACAGCAGUCAUUACCUUUCAAAAAUGAAAUAUUUACACCUUCAUUUGAUCAGUUGUAGAUGCACUCAUACUCCUGAAAUGACUGAUAAUCUGUUGACCUGCAGAAGAUCAGCUGUUUGUUUACUGUCUGAAUCCUGCACCAUCACUCUGUCAUGACUGCUGGUGCUGAUGAUGCUUUUUCAAGUCGAGAGUUUGCAGAAUGAUGAUGAACGCGGGGAUGUUUCACUUCCAUCUGUCCACUUUGUUUACCAACCUAUCCCAACAGCAGAGCCAUAAACCAUGAUGCACUGAAUAUGAAAAACACCCUGCAGAUCACAUCUUCACUGCUAUAAAAUAACAUAGAGGUUCUAAUAGUGACAGAGCUGCUUGACCAGAUUAUGUUAAACUGGUCUUUUGAAUUGACUCUGGUUGCUUUUUGUCUUUGUGUUGUUAGUUCCAGAUCAGCAUCGUGGUCGAGCGUCCAGAUGGCAGAGAAAUUGCAAAGCCUGUGGAGUUAAGGGUGAUGGUGGGCGACGCCAAUGAUAACAGACCCACUUUUCCACAGGCGCAGUAUCACACUGUGGUGAAGGAGCUGGCUGCUCGAGGUAAACAACAUAGAUUAUUAGCUUUUCCCGCAUAUAUUAACCGUCUCAGUAACAUUUAUUUAACUUGACACCUCUUAUGUAUUAUUUUUUUGUUAAAAUGCAAAAUUGUCCCCCUCAUACCCAUCUCAUUCUAUCAACAAACAAAAAGUCUCUAUUUUAGAUCAUGUUCGAUAAAUCUGAAGAAGACUUAUCUUCUUUGGAAAUUCCUCCUGAAGUAACUUUAAAACCUAAAACAACAGCUCUGAACGCACCGCAGUUUUAAUGUGAAUAUUAUCUCACAAAAGCAGGGGAACGGGGGCUUUGGAGGACGGUGCAGUGAUGAAUGGGCUGAAAGCAGCAGAUACCUCCUGUGAAAGCAAACUGGGAUUUUUGCCAGGAUUCUGUGGAAAAGCACCCUCACAUCUACCUGUGCUCCUAAAAAAAAAAGCACAUUGAGUGUUUUGACAGUGCGGACACAAAAGCUUUAUUUUUUCUCUGAUGCUUUAAAAGGGCUGAUUCUGGGAAAUGAAUUAGACUGAACAAUCUGUUAAUCUAAAUGGGAUGACUGGAUGCGGAUUAAAUGAGAGAGCUAUUGUUAUAUCCUUCCUCUCCAUCAUUUACCGUGCUUUGUGAUUGUAGCUUGUUAAAGAGAAAUAGAGUUUUCAAGGCUCUUCUCUGUACUAUUUUUAUUCAAAAACAUAAUGAGCUGUUAAGUAAUCACUGAAAACCAAAACUAUAGAUAAAAGUUUUGCAGUAACCAAAUACCUUAAUGCUCUUUGUUUUUUUUGCUGCAUCUCUCUCCAGGGACAGAAAUCCUGACAGUCCAGGCGGCUGAUAACGAUGAUCCAAAAACAGACAAUGUCCGGAUCUUCUACCGUCUAGUGGGACAGAUUCCCGAGAGUCCUCGUGCCCUCUUCAGAGUGGACCGUGACUCAGGGGUGAUCUCAGUCCAAGCUGACAGCAUGGAGGGCACAGCACCUCAGUACACACUCACCAUCACUGCUGAAGAUGCUAAAGGUGACUUCCACUUGAUUCAAAUCGUAGCCUCCUUCAUGUUUUUAGCUCUUUAAAGGGAUAUUCCGGCGUAAAUUUAAGUUAUGGUCAAACACAUUGUAACACAGAGUUAGACACCCCCUCAAAGAGAUGAAUGUUGCCGACUGCUUGCUUCUCUAGCUAUACCAAUUUUAGUAACAACCGCACGAUAGCAAUACACAGUGGUGUAUAUCUCUACACGCAAAUCUCAACCAAAACGCCACUCGUAGCCACAAAUAAUGUUCAGAACAGCACCUAACUUCAUCAACAGAACAUACAGGGUCCCAGCCAGAAUACUAGCCACCAAACAUCUUUUUAGCUUUGCCUGAUUUCUUUAGCAAAGAGACCAACACAACUCACCCACUCUCCUCCAGCAGCCACUUGUUUAUGGGGGAGCCCUGACGAGUCGAUCACCGAGUGCAGCGGAGUUUCGCAGCUUGAGGAAGAACAUUUAUGAUCAUUUAUUCAUGGACAUGCAAUCAGAGUUCUUGUGUAUCUUGUAUGUGCACUGCAGACGUGGUAGUUCCUCUGCUUUAGCGUCACGUUCCAUGAGAAAUUUCAUGAUUAUCUCCGUGAAGAAAUCAUCAUGAAAUUUCCGCUGCACUCUGUCGGCACACAAGAGGACAUGAACAUGAGUCUCAGACACUGAAAAUCCUUACUUCUGCACACCACAAAUGUAACAGACUCCAUCAACUUGUUUAGAUUUUUAUAUGUCCAAUCAAACACGUGAUCAAAUUAGCCAUUGAUUCUCUCAUUGUGGAUAUUGUGGAGGAUAUCACUAGAUACAUCCUGGAAUCGCCUCAGUGCCACUUAUCCAUGGGUUUAAGGAUGUUUAUUUACACAAGCUUCAAAAUUCAAACACCAAAUUAUCUGUCCUGCUUUGUCUGGCACAGCUUUGUCAAAUUUGGACGCCUUCUGUUGGCAGAUAGAGUCGCUGAUGUUCUCCUGGCUCUGUUUUGUGGCUAAGUCACAAAUAAUAAUAAUGACAAUCCAAAUUGAUGAAUAACAGGUUGUCCAGUUUGAAAUAAGUAUACUUUGAAGAUAGAUAGACUCAGCUGGUAUGACAAAGCCUCCAAAGCUUUUCCUAUAAUCCAUUAAAUUAACAUCAGAAUAAAAACGUAGUAACAAAAUAACAGAACAGUAAAAAAGUGAUAAAAGUGACUUACAGGGAAGUUAAAAAGUACAGCUGUAUUAAUGUCUGUGGGCUUGCAUGUCAGCAUCUUUGCUAACACCCAAGUAUGAAGGAUUGUAUCUAUGCUAGCCUCAGAGGUGACAGAUGAUGUUUUUUUGGUGUGACUCAUGGUUCAGGGUGUGAUGGAGGAAAGAUGAGGCACUUCUCGUUCCUCUUGUAUUAUUUAUCUGUGUGACAGUCUGACCCUGAGUCACUAACAGAAGCUGUGACGGGGUCUCUGGCAGGUCUAAACAGUUCUUGCACUGUGGUCGUGACCGUGCAGGAUGAGAACAACAACCCGCCGGUCUUCUCCCAACAUGAGGUAAGAUGAAUUAAUGACGCACCGGUCUUCUCAGGACACAUCAAAUAACAGGUUUGUAAAAAUAAGAGAAAAAAAAAAGCAGAGGCCAUCAUUAGAGGCUUUUUGACUGCAGACUGUCAAUCCACUCUGCAGGUUGCUGAUCUAAUUUUCCUGGCAGGGAACUAGAUACACCCUUUAAUCUCAGGCUUAUGAUGGCACCGGGUUACUGGAGGAGUUUUAUUCAGGUCUUUGUACUCUAAGUGCCCCUGUGUUUUUAAAGUAUAAUCUGAUAAAGCUUUCUCUUAGAGAGUACUUUCCACUUGUUUAUUUAUAAACUAACUUACAGCACGAAUACGACGUUACUCAAUACCAUGAGCAUGUCAGAGAUGAUGUAAGAAUGAGCGAUUCAGUCUCAGCGUAAAACGUAUGCAUGUAAGUACUUAUAGUAAUUCCACAGUGAAAAUAUUUAAUGUAUUGGGCAAACACUGCUUUAAAUGAGGCUGUAAAAAGUCUAUAGUGUUACCAUGAACACCAGCUGUUGUCAGCAGUUAUAGGGUCAUAGUGGUCAUGCUCACCCUGGGCAAAAAGUCUGUUCGAACCAUUUGUUGACCCAAGAUGGACAAUGUCUUGGGCGAGUUUUUUUGUGCAAAAGGUCUUUGAACAAAUCUGAGAUGACAUUUUAUGGACAGAGUUUAACAAAAAUCAGUCCGUCCAUUAAUCUGAGAAUACAAACUGUAUAAAUAACAAGGAAACAGAAACCAGCAAACAGCCAAAGAAGUUCUGUAAUCUCCUGAUAAUGACAUUAAGAAGUUUCUUCACUAAAUUUCAGCACUCUUUCCUAUUUCAAAACCGCUUUAGAUGUCUACAUUUUGAUUAAGCAGACCUCAUAAUUUACCUCUGUGACACAGAAAAAAAUUCAAUCAGAUACCAAUCUCUGCUCCACCCAGGGGUGUGUUUAUCCUCCAUCUCUGUUUCUCAUCAUUUCAUGUUGUCUCACUAGUUUGAUUUUAUUUUCUAAAGAAACUAUGUGCACCAACGUAAUUUUGUAAAGGUUGGCAGUUCCUUUAAAUUACAUUUUUUUUUCUGUUGCAACCACUAAUAUUUCAUUUCCAUACUUGCAAUAAUAAAACAUCUUUGGGAGCUACUGGUUCCUCUGUGAUCUAUUUUUAUCUAGCAGUUGAGGAAUGCUGCCGUUGCAGGCAAGGAUGAAAUGGGGCAGUGGUUUCCCUGCCAGUAUUACAGAAAAAUAGUCUAAAGAUAGGCAGCCACAGAAAAUCCCCUCACUUUUCACCCACAUGUGCUGCAUAAGAAAGCUGGGAGUUAUGUGGGAGGGCAAUCACGCUGUGAUAAUGGGGAGCUGGUCUCUGGUUGUUCUCUCUGUCAGACUGCAGUGACACUGUAAGACUGUUUGAACAUUGUGAGCUGUGAAGGAAUUUUAUUUUGGGCACAGAGGGUACCAUCCUUUUGAAUUAGAUAGAAACUGACCUGCAGAGCUUUUUGAACGGCUAUCCAGACCAAAAACUGGAUCACAAAUUCCAGUGAAAGUAAAAGUAAACUGUAUUUUUUCAUCAAUCAUCUGUUAACAUUGCUGCUCAUUUCCAAGCUGUUACAAACAAAUGCUCUGAUUAUCACACCACAGUACCCCCCUCCUUCCCCAUCCAACACACACACAAAUAGAGAGGUGGAAAAUGCUCUUGAGCAGGUCACGCCUCAGAAGUGCAGCUUUUUCCAUGGCAAUGUGAAAGCAGCACUACAGGGGGUUGAAGUGGGAGGCGAGUGGUGACAGGGUCGGGUUCAGCGACCCUGUGGAUGGGGCAGCCAGAUCAGAGGCAUGGCUGCUCCACUAGAGGACAUGUGAGAGUGGGAGAUUAAACGGCUGUCUAAACACACAGAGGUGUGUGAAUAAAUCUCUGCAAACACGGGCAAAGCAAGAGGGGUCAAACAUAUACUCAAAUGUUGUCACAUACUGUCUCAACAGCACAGGCAGUCAAAUGUGACUUUAACAGAUAUGACUGUUUUGAUUAGAAACUCUGCAAGGUGAUUUAUUGUUUUUCUUCUGUAAGGAGGUGGUUCUGUCACGUAACGUGAAUUUAAACCUAGAAAUAGCUUUAUUCUAAACAUUAUAGCGUGCUCAUGCAGAGUAGACAAAUACUUUGUAUUUUUUUACUUUCUAUUUCCUUCCCGCCAGUAUGGUCCUUUUCACAUCCCGGAGAACGCUCCAGUUGGCACCACGGUAACAGCUGUGCUGGCGGGAGAUGCAGAUGUUCGUGGAGGAGACAGCUGGCAGGUGGACUACCGUUUGGAAUCUGGUAAUGAGGAGGACGUCUUCACAUUAGUCACUGACAAGCAGACCAAUGAAGUCUCACUCGUCCUUUCAAAGGUAAAUAAUCUCCUUGUGAACAUUCAGCUACCUCAUUACCGGCAUUCAUAGGGUGGCCAUUUUCCUUUGACACCAGGCUUUAAUAAGGGGGUGACAAACUCAAAUGGUACUUUACCCACUCGGUGUAAAUAACUUCAUCCAUCCUCCAAAGGUAGUUCAUUAGGAGCUGCUUAUACAAAACCCAAUUCCACUGAAGUUGGGAAAUUGUGAUAAAAACGGAAUACAAUGAUUUGCAAAUCCUUUUCAACCUAUAUUCAAUUGAAUACACUACAAAGACAAGAUUUUUAAUGUUCAAACUCAUAAACUUUAUUUUUAUUUUUUUGCAAAUAAUAAUUAACUCUUUUUUGAAUUUCAUGGCUGCAACACGUGCCAAAGUAGUUAGGACAGGGACAUGUUUACCUCUGUGUUACAUCACCUUUCCUUUUGACAACACUCAAUAAACGUUUGGGAACUGAGGAGACUAACUGUUGAAGCUUUGAAGGUGGAAUUCUUUCCCAUUCUUGCUUGAUGUACAGCUUCAGUUGUUCAACAGUCCGGGGUCUCCGUUGUUGUUUUUUACGCUUCAUAAUGCACCACACAUUUUCAAUAGGAGACAGGUCUGGUCUGCAGGCAAAUACCCGCACUCUUUACUAUGAAGCCAUGCUGUUGUAACACGUGCAGAAUGUGGCUUGGCAUUGUCUCGCUGAAAUAAGCAGGAAGGGCGUCCAUGAAAAAAACGUUACUUGGAUGGCAGCAUAUGUUGCUCCAAAACCUGCAUGUACCUCUCAGCAUUAAUGUUGCCUUCACAGAUGUGUAAGUUAUCCAUGUCUUGGGCACUAAUGCACCCCCAUACCACCACAGAUGCUGGCUUUUGAACUUUGCACCAACAGUCCGGAUGGUUCUUUUCCUCUUCGGCCUGGAGGAACUUCCCAACUUCAUUGGAAUUCGAUUUUGUACAUGAACAUAAAUAAAACACAUAUAUGUGAUGUUUAGACAAGCACUCAUACAUAAGGGUCAAAUACAUAAUAAAUACAGGUGUUAAACCGACUGAUAGACAGAAUAUGUUUUCAAGUUAGACAAACAUGGAUAAUCUGACAUAAUCACUCACCGUCAUUAUAAUUUCUUUACUUAUUUUGAUCAGUAACUGAAUAGAUCACGUGUAGAGGAAAUCAGGAUAUGCUUAGAUUUGUAUAACUUAACGAGAGCUCUUGUUCAAAACAGUGAACUCGUGCCGUUAUGUGAGAGUACACAAACACACAGACACACACACACGUGCAGCGAGCUUCUGAAAAUGUCCAGAUUUUGUGGCUGUGCAAACAAAGUUUUUACCCAGACUGUUUUGGGGGCUUUUUCUGGCUUUUCCUCUGGUAAAAUUCCUCCGUCCCUUGGGUGUUGUGAGAACACAGCAGGAAGUAUUUGGGAGAAUUCACCACAAGCAAGUGAACGAGGAUGAUGACGGUUCUGGCAAGUGAUGGGUAACAUGAAUUAAAAACAUCCAGGACUGAAAGAAGAUAAGAACCACAUCCAAGACAAGGCUACUGAAUUACAGCAUUACACCUUAUUAAUUAAAAACAUGGAGCUCCUGCCCUGAGUGUUAAAUCAGAGGAAGACAAACCAAAUAUAUGAUUCCUUAUAUUUGGUGCACGUAAUAUUUGACGUCAGGGGUCUUUAUUGGCAUGAUGACUGGUAUCUACACUAUACUGGAUAACUAAUGAUAUUUCAUGAGGAUGAGUGUCUGCUGUGGACUAUUCUGACAGACAGGUUGGUAAAAAUAUUCACCGAACCCCUGAUACUUCAGCUCCUUACAAUUCAUAUAAAAAACAGUCCAGAUGACAAUGGAAUGAUUUAGCUUGAUAAUCUCUCCUGGGCCCAGGGCACAUCACCCCUCUCAUAAUCCAGCAGACAGUUUUCGGGAUGCGUGGGGCAGAAAUGUGUGUCUGUGUGUGUCUUCAGUUCAGUGUGUAGUGAUGAUGGUCUUCUCUCUGUAAGUGGGACAGGCAGGAGACUGACUAUUAUUUCAAACCUCUUUGUGGGAGUUGGAUGUGACUGAACUGUGAGUCGCUCGUGCUCCACUGAGAGACGGCAGGAGCUGUCUGAAAAGCUAAAAAUAGACUCCUGUAUUAUUUCAGAUUAGCAUGCGAGGACAUCUGUUCCUUAGAAAUGAUAAAAUGCAAACGUAAGUCAUGUUUUUGAGCAGCUGUGUUUAAAGCUCUUAUAUUAACCUUGUUAGAUUAAAUUGUAACUAACUCUGAAUCACCAGAAGGGAUGCUGUUGUUUAUUUAGCUUACUUCAAUAAAAAUGAAAGCUUAAUUCCUUCACAAGAACAGCUCUGGUGGAUUAAAAUGCAUUUGGGCAAAUCCUUUAAUUUAUGGCGUUACAGCGUGAGGUCAGAGCCAGAAGGCAGACACAUUUCAUUAUUAGAAAUUACACACCACUCACAGCCCAAGUGAAUAAUUAGAUUGUGUGAGCAGACAGUAAUGGCAGUUUACCACACAGGCUAGAGGCUGCCCAUGGAGGUAAAUGUGUAAUGAAGAGAGGGGGAAUCAAAUCAGGACGAGGAAACAUUGCAUCAUAUUUAAAACCAUUUAGUCCAAAUAAAAACCAACAUUAACCAAGGGAUUGUAAAUUUUACAGUCAAUGAAUAAGUAAAUAACAUUCAUGAAUUUCUAAAUGCAGUGAGUCAAGACAGAAACAACCUGCAUGAAAAUAUAUAGUGCUUGCAGAGCACUAAAUAUAGAUAUUUUGGAGUCUGUGACUUUUGCUUUUAUGAUUGCGAUUAAUUUGCUAUCUAUUAAAAAAAAGACUGAGAAUACUAAGAUAAAAAAAAUUACCACGGCCAUGAUUAGGAUAACCUAGCACUAAAGUAGGAGGGAGUUGAAUCUGCAACUAGUGCAACAAGCACUUUAGCCUCUGUAUUAGUAACUGUGUUGAUGUUAUAAUGAAUAAUGUAACUGUAAUUUAAGUGUUAUGGGGCGCUCACACCAUCUAUCUAAAUCAUCUAUUCGCGUAAUUUUGCGCAAAUCUAGACGCCUGAAUGAAUAGUAUUUACUCGCUUCAUUUGUGCGUCAACGGUAAUUUCAACGGUAAUCCCUGCCAAUUCAACCGACGGUAUCAAGUCAUAGACAAAGAUUUUUCACAAUUUACCAGGUUUUUCGACCUCCUCACUCACUUGCCUUCAGAAAAGGUAUCAUAUAAUUCGGGGCACCCACACACCGACACGCUCAGUUUGUCCUCCAGUGAACAACCGUCCAUUUUCAUACAUCACACUGCAACCUUCGCUCAAGUUGAGACAUUUUCGUCUCCCGUCAAUCCGCGUCAUUUGCGCCACCAGAGUAGUAGGAGCGUCUAAUCGUGUCUUUGCAUUGACUUAACAUGUAAUUCAUUGGCGUGAAUGAUUUUACCCGUGCUUGAUGUGUCUCAAAUGUAGUGAUUCUGAGCAAAUAGACAGGAGGAUUAGCAGCACACUGAAAAAACAAACCUUCACAUUUCCAACCACAGGUUUCACAAUGACAACACUUUGCUUUUUUGUUAGAAAUACAGCCUCUGCACAUACAAGUCAACACCAACCAAUUGAGAAGUCAUACAUCUUAUCUUUGCCUAUAGGGGGCACCAAAAUGGGCACAAACUGAGAGCUCCUUGCAGCAGCUUUAACUGUUAAAAAAUGUGACAUAACAUGUCUCGGUUUGUAUAAAGGCAAAUAUUUUAUCAGCAUGUCUGUUAUAAUUUUUACCCAUUCUCAAGGUUGUUGCCAGAAAAAUAGUUAUUACAUUAAUAAAUGAAAAACAUUUGUAGAGUUCUACUAGAUAAAAAGCUGUGUAGUGAAAACGCAACAUAUCAUAUAUUGAGGUUUCUGGUAUAUAUUUUAGGUAACCAUUUUGGACAUUUCACCUAACAGUAAAAGUGAGGUCAUGUCGAUGGUGUUGUUUCAUUGGUAGAUCAUAUUGUGUUUAAGACAAAGAUAUCUAGGAUCAAACUUGUGUCACCACUUUGGACCAUGUGAUUUUUGGUAUUGUGCAAUUGGAAUGACGAUAGCCUGGAGAGGGUCCAUGCACAUGUUCUGGUGCACUGCUGACACCCUGACUGUCUGAUGCGUCACUUCCAGUCAAACAGCAGUACUCAUGCAGCCUCCAAGGUCUGCGCUUCUCCAUGGCAACAGAGACGCACUCAGCCUGAGCAGCAUGAUGUCAGACAGCUUUAAACGUGUCUCGUUUUACCCAGAGGAAGACAAGUUUGUCGAGGGUCAAAUCCUGGAAGCAAUCACCAGCUGAAGAUUAUAAAAUAUUUAGCAAACACAGUUAAAUUAUGUCCAACAAUAUCUUUUCUCAGCUUUCAGUUUCCUUCCUUUUUUUCUGCUGGUCUUUAAAUUCAGGGAAAUGAUAAAUAUUCACAUUACAGACUCACAAGUGAGGUUAAUCUGUCCAUAACCUCCCUUUGAUCUACAUAUUUAAUCCUCCAAACUCUGUAACUAUUUUUAGUGUCCAGAUUAAAGUAAUCCUCACAUGAAAUCUGCACCUCCCAAUUUUCUGUUAAACGGUGGACCCAAAUAUAGCACACAUUAAACGGCAGAAAAAAAGUCUUUUAAAGUUCAUAGAUGGAUUUAUUUGUUUUUUAUGAUUUAAGGAUUUUUGCCAUCGAGAGUGUGUUUACUGAACAUCCUGCUACAUCAUUUCAUAUGUGUUGUAUGGUCCAACAAAUCAGCCAAACAAUAAAUCUAGUUUCUAUAGGAGUAUUUAUUGCAUGGUCCUAAAUCCUUUUCCAUUGUUUAAUAACAGAAAACAUAUUACUGGCGACAAAGUGAAUCAACUGGCUCAUUUCCCUGUGAGCAUGUGUCUGGUUUCUGUUGGAAAGGCAGCAAAACUGCCAGUAAACCUCAUUUCUUGGAAGUCAGAUAAGAGGACUAGACACAGGAGACUGUACUGUGUCUCUUGUUAGCUGGAAAGGACGACAUGCUGGUUUUCUUGGAUGUGUUUGAACGUCUGUCACUGUGCCUGGGAAAAAUAAUUGAAUUGGUGGACAAAUCGUUUCUCUUUUUCGAUUUAUUUUCAGCUAUAUGAACAAUGGUAAUUCCUCUGUAACUUAAAUAUUAGUUUUAACAUUAAUGAAGGACCAGUUCACCCUUUAAAAAAUAUCAGUUCCUAAAUAACUGGUUAUUUUUUGUGAAAACUCAGUAUCAUAAGCAAUUUCCUUGUGACUGUAGAUGUCAUUAUUGGUGGAACUUUGUAUAUCAUUACCAAAGAUGAAGUUAGGCAACAAAUAAGAUGUCUGUGAGGUUUUACACUUUCCUGUUUUUUGGCUAUCUGGAAGGAAAGCCAGUAUACUGAGUUAAUGAAACUUGUCCAGGGCCCAUUUGGGAGAAGCCAAUUGCUCGGUCCCUGGAAGUACAACUUGCAGAUUUCUCAAGAACCUCUUAUCCAAUCAGCUUCUUACAAAGCACUGCAUAUCCCAGAGACUGGACAAUGGACAAAAUUCAAAAUGGCAAUAAUUGCUCAAGAACACAAAUAUGUGAGAUUGCUGAUUAAAGGGAUAUUCCGGCAUAAAAUUAAUUUAGUGUCAAACACACGGUAACACUGAGUUAGGGACCCCCUCAAGAGAUGAAUGUUGCCGACCGCUUGCUUCUCUAGUUACACCAACUUUAGCAACAACCGUUACGGUGUGUUUGACCCCUGUGUUUGACACUUAUAAGUUCUUGGGUGAUUUGGUGCAUGUCAUUCCCCCCUCUCUUUUGCCUUGUGUCUUGUCUCUCAGUAGCGGCCUUAUCAAAUAAAGGUUAAAAAUUGUGUAUGUGUGUAUUUGUUUGUCUGAUUUUGUACAUGUGGUUUUCACAGGUCUUGGACUUUGAGCGUGAGAGCGAGUACAUCCUUGUGAUCAGUGCUCAGAACCCUGUGGCUCUGGUCCGUGGGAGAUACGGACCUGCUUCCACAGCGACGGUUUCCAUCUAUGUUGAUGACGUGAAUGAAGGUCCAAUCCUGUCUCAGAGUCACUAUGAGGUCACUGUCCGAGAGGGAGAGGAACCAGGACGGGUGAUUGCCACCAUCAGGGGUUAUGACCCUGAUUCUCAUCCAAUCAGGUGGGACUUAAAACUUAUGAUUCAUAAUGUUCAGCUUUACUGAACUCAGAGAGAAGGUCAUGAUUUUAAUUUUAAAGCACGUCUUUUCUUGCAGAUAUUCACUCCAAGGAGACACAAAGAAAUACUUCUCUAUAGGGAAGUAUUCAGGUGAACUGAAGACUGUGCAGGCCUUGGACAGAGAGGAGAACAGCACAUACACGAUGGAGGUCAUUGCAGUGGACGGAAGUAAGAUGACUAACCCAUACAAACAGCUGAAAAUCAUGAGAAUAAACAUAGAAAACAAGAACACAGAUAGAGCUCACAGCAGCAGUAAAGAAAAAUUGAAGAAACUAUCAACUUUGCAAACAUUGAAGCUUCGUAGCUCAGUAUCUUUUUGUUCAUGUUGCAGCUUUUUCAUAUCUCUUGUGGUCCUCAGGAAACUCCUCUUUAUCUGCCUCCACCCUGGUGACAGUCCAGAUCCUGGAUGUGAACGACAACAGUCCAGUGCUGGUUGGGGAUUAUUCCUGGAAGUACCUGUGUACGCCCCGCUGGGAGGACCAAGCUCUGGUGUUGGCGUCCCGGGAUAGUGACGGGCCACAGCACGGAGGGCGGCUUAACUUCUCUCUACGCAGUGACGCCACAGUACGACGGAACUGGAAGCUAACACCCAUUAAUGGUGAGGUGAAUACAGACCAGGUGAACCAGGUCUAUACUACACUGGUUUGAUCGAUCGAGGCUCUUGUGAGGAGUCUUUUAGAAGAUCAAAAUGAAUAAUGAUGCCUCUGCCAGAGUUAUAUAAAAGAAAAUGAGACCAGAUUUUUAUCCGGUACCUGGGCUGGUGUCAAAGUAAGUUACAGAAAAUCGUUUAUUUACAUUUUCUCAGAGCAAAGAAAAGCAGUGAGUGAAACCUUUGACUGUAUGAAGAUAAGAGGAUGAGAGCACAUGCAGAUGGGUUCAAAAGGAGACGCAAACAAAAAGUUUCUUACUGGAGCUUUCCAUGGAUACACAUCUGAAACAUACUUUAUCAAUUUUAACAGCGUUUGCAUUAAUAACAGAAGUUAAGAUGUUGAUCAGGGUUCUUUUAAAGUACGCCUAAAUCGGCUCUUAUCCUGGAUUCUUGCACGGUGUCACAACCAACACAAGGGCUGCUACAACAAAGUUUAUAUGUUCACGAGAAUACCAGUAACAAAAAAUUUACUCUCGGGUGAGCAUACGUCCUCUUUUACCCGGACAUGUCCUCUUUUUUGGGGGCUGUCCGGCUUUGUCCAGGGAAGUUUAUAAAAUCCUUCAAAUGUCCGCGUUUUUGGACGCAAGUUUCGAGUUUAUGUCAUGUGGACUUACUGAGUAAGUUGUGCGUAAAAGACACCCUAUCCGACCCGAAAAACUCUCAAAAUUAACUUUGUGUGACUCCGUGACUCCGCCCCCUCAUAGACGUGUCCUCUUUUUGGUAAGUCAGAAUAUGGUCACCCUUCUUUUCUCGAUGAAUCAGCUAAUGAGUAUCUCAUUUGAAGUGAGUAGCUAAUGUGUGGGCAGUGUUUUACAGGGUCAGCCUGACCUACAAAGUUGGCCGAAACAAUGCAGAGCACUGAAGAGGAUGUGCGCUGAGAUAGCCAGGAUUUCAGUGCACCUGGGACUCUGGUCGGGUGCUCCCAGGUGCAUUGAAACCCUGCCCACAAUAAGCAAGAAACAUACACAGAAAUAGAAAGGGUAAAGCAGUCAAAGCAGGCUCUGCUGAUGAAGGAAGACCCUCGCAGGACUGCAUAUCUCUGCAGCCACACAAACCUGCCAUGUGUUUGGUCCUCAAACACCAACACUUGACCUGGAUUAUCCCUGAUUUGACUCAGACAGGAGCCAUCACAACGACUUUAUCUCCUUUUUUUUUUAAUUUUAUCAUCUUCAUUAAGUCAAAUUAAUACAUCAUUGAGUCGUUUGAGAUGACUAAAGGUGGAAAUUAAAUCCAGGUUUUUACAUUCAAAGGUCCAGGGUCCACUUUUUAAUGGAUCAGCCCGUCUUCAGUUUGAGACUGAGGAAGUGAGGUUAAAAAGCAGAUUGAUGUCACCCGGGAACACGUCUGAACAUUGUGACAUUUUAGACAAAUAGACAUGAUGGCACUGAUUUUUUUAAGUGCUUUCAGGUACUCGGACUUAUUUAAAUAAAAACUGUCCACUUGUAAGAACAGACAGUUCAGGAGGCAGAGUGAUCUGGUCGUGAAGAUGUGCAAAUUGCUCCUGUUCUGUUUUCUUCUCCGGUCCUAUCUUGGAUGGGGGCUGAGUUGUGAUUAUCCUUUUCUCUUCACAGGUGUAGAGCGCUAGUGUUGGGCUCAUUUGAUGCAAACUCUCUCCCGCUAUGACGUCUGUCAUUAAGUGAUUCAAACAGUUCAACAACUUCCCUCUCAGGUCUUUUUUCAUCUCCCUCCUUUCACUCCCCUGUUCUUGUUGGUAUUGAUUGAGCCCAGCUGUAAUUAUAUCUUCUGUGUAAUUUCUUUGGCGUCACCGCUGGGUUCCUGCCAGCUAAUGGAGGCUAAAAAAAGGAGACUCCCAGAAUGCUUUGCACCUGGUCUGAGCCGGUAAUGCUUGUACCAAUAAUGUGUACUUUUACUGGUUUGAUGUCUGCCACGGAGCUGCACAGUUUAAGUGACAAAAAGCCACAACCUGACAGGAAAAGAAAAAAACCCGUGUGUGUCGGUUUGUGAAAGUGUGUUUUAUUUUUAUUCAUGUGAGCUCUCUUCAAUAUUCUUCAAGUUCAAAACCUCUCCAGUUAUUUUCGUUGCAGAAAUUCAGUUCAGCUCAUGAAGCAGUACACACUUGUCCCAGUUACCUUCGCUGUCAAUCACCGCUCACAGCAGAAGAAACCUCCCUGCAGCAUGUGUAAUGACGUUUGUGACAUUUCGGCAGAAAAAUUAAUCAGUAUUAUUUCAGAACCUCAAUUUGCAAACAUUUUCAUAAUUAAUGACACAAAGAAAAUCAAGAACAUUUCACGGUGUCACAGAUAGAGCACAGAUACAUUAACAGCCUCUGCAGAAGUGCUGCUCAGCCCGUGCAUUACUGACAAAUGGAACAUGAAGGGGAAAGACGGUGAGGUGCGAGCGUGGAGUUUAAGACCCUCAGAUAAGAGUUCAAACAGUUUGAUAAACCUCUUCGCUCUACAUGACAGGGCUUUUACGUCAUGCGGCAAGGCGUGUAUUUUCAACUGAUUUGCACAGAUUAGAUUAAGAGGUACACACUCCAGAGCUCUGCGUACAUACAUGCUUACAUACAUACAUACAGCUCCAUCAGUCUCCCUCUGUCAUUAUGCUGCUGAGCAGAUGUAUUUUGCUGGGUUUUGUUGAAACAAAAAUGCACGUGUUGAUAGAUGAAUACUAGAUUAUUAACAUACUACCUUCAUUCUAUGAGACGCAACAGUGCAUUUAACAUUUGAUAUCUCUAUUUAUUCAUGACAACACCAACGAUUUUGCUUUGGAGCAACAUCCUCAUUAAACUCAAUCCAGUAUUGCAAGGAAGGGGCAGGACUAGAUAAGCUGUUUGCUUCAUUCUGUUCCUUCUCAAACUGUUUGUUUUUGACAUAUAUAGGUUAGUGUAAAUUUAUCUUUGACAUGUACAGUUGAUUGGUGUACAUAUGUAUUAUUUUGCUCCAUAUUUUUGUUUCUCGUUGUUUUUUGUUGUUGUUCUUAAAGUUUGAGAGAAAGAAACAAGUACUGCAAAGUAUCUUAUUACACUUUUAAACAAAAAGAAGUGCAUUGACAUGACAAUUCUAUAGCUCUUAUUUUAAGAUAUAACAAGAAAAAUUUAGGACUUAAUUAAUUAUAACGAGUAAAAAUGGCUGCCACUUCGACAAUAGAAUAAGUAUUCCUAUUAUGAACACAGCCUUUUUUGGUGUUUCAAGUUUUCAUAUUCUACUUUGAUGAUUAUGAUUUUUUAUAUUUGAAAACUCAAAUAAUAAAUGUUGGUCUUCAGUGGGAAAAACUGAAAAACAUUAAGCUCAUAAUUUUACUAAAGGAGAAAAUUAUUCAAAAAUCUUUAAUUUGGUGUCAUAUUUCUGGGUUCGAACCCCGCCUUAUCCCUAGUCUGUCCGUUGUGUCCUUGGGCAAGACACUUAACCCACCUUGCUCCCACUGUGUGUCCUCCACUGGUGUGUGAUUGUGAGUGUUGUGUGGUGGUGGUCAGAGAGGCUUUAGGCACAAACUGACAACCACAUUUCUGUCAGUCUGCCCCGGGGCGGCUGUGACUAAUCAGGUAGUUUUCCACCACCAGGGUGUGACUGUGUAAGUGAUGUAUCCAAUGUAAAUUUGAGGUCACUGACAAAAAGCUAUGAAAAUCUGAUGCAUUAUUAUUAUUAUUAUUUUCUGGACCAACAUGUUAGUGUUUUGUUUUCCAGAUACCCACACCAACCUGUCCUUAAACAUCCCAUACCUGGCUCCUGAGGUCUACACAGUGCCCUUCACCAUCUCUGACAGCAGCUCCCCACCCAGGAGCACCUUCAUAAACCUGCCAGGUAACACACUGACUCUCCUGCUGAUGAGCUGAAGCCAGAGCCGUGAGGUUAGCAGAUGAGAGUGUAGGAACAAUCAAUACAGAUCAACCCUCUGUGUGCCAGCUUGUCCUAGCACUGCUCGUGUUUGAUAAUGAUGCAAUGGGGCUUUACAAAUGAUUUUUCCAGGCUUGUGAUUACACGGCCCUCUUAAGACUGCGCUCUGCUCAGUGUAGCCUGCUGACACUUCGUAUACACAACACAUAACUUAUCAUACACAUAUCAGGAUAAAGCACAUGGCUGAGGGUUCAUGGCUGGUGGUUCACAGCACUGAUAUUUUAUGUAGCCUUUCAGAAGUUAAAUAAGGUUAAUUUCCUCAUAAAACUUUGUUUAAAAUACAUUUUACAAUCAAAUGUAAACACAGCUUUAGUAAUAUUUGGAAUUGUUUAGAAGAUUUUUAGACCCAAUCAUUAAUCAUUCAAACGACACGUUCUCCUGAUGGUCUGUAUUUUCUUAUACUUGUGCUCUAUUGUGUGACAUUAAACAGCCUCAUUCUGUGGUUUGUUUUUGUUUUCCUUUCCUGUCAGUGACUGUGUGUCCCUGCAACAUCAGAGGGAACUGCAAAAUGGCUGCCAAGCAGCUGCCGGGCAUGCCAACUAUUCAGUCUGCGGUGGGCAUUCUGCUUGGCACUUUUGCAGUCAUAGGUAAGCAGACAUGUAGCUGCAUUUCACACUUAAGUCAAGUUUAUCAAAACCAUUGCAAAAGUCGUAUAUUUGUAUAUACAUUAGGUCAGCCCUUCUUUCUUUGCAAAUAACAGCAGUAUCUCUUUUUCAGGAACCAUCCUCAUUGUUGUGUUUGUGAGACUCUCCUAUCAGAACCCCAAAGAGCCGAGCAAAACUAACCAGGAGAGAGUUCCUCUUAAGAUCUCAAUCUAA